UCGAAACCGGAAGUCGGUCUUUUUCACGAAGUUGAACAUAAAAUGGGGCGCCGACCAGCUCGGUGUUACCGAUACUGUAAGAAUAAGCCCUAUCCAAAGUCACGUUUCUGUCGUGGUGUGCCAGACCCGAAGAUCCGUAUCUAUGACUUGGGAAGAAAGAAGGCAUCGGUAGAGGACUUCCCUCUGUGUGUCCAUCUUGUGUCAGAUGAGUAUGAACAGCUCUCAUCCGAAGCCUUGGAGGCAGCAAGAAUUUGCGCCAACAAGUACCUGGUGAAAUUCUGUGGCAAGGAAUCUUUCCACAUGAGAAUCAGACUUCACCCCUUCCACGUUAUCCGCAUCAACAAGAUGUUGUCAUGUGCUGGAGCUGAUAGGCUCCAGACUGGGAUGAGAGGUGCCUGGGGCAAGCCACAGGGAACAGUAGCCCGAGUGGAUAUUGGACAGCCCAUCAUGUCAGUGAGAGGCAGAGACCAGCACCUCGAAAGCAUCAUUGAGUCACUCAGAAGAGCCAAGUUCAAGUUCCCUGGCAGACAGAAGAUCUUCGUCUCAAAGAAGUGGGGAUUCACCAAGUGGCCACGAGAUAAGUACACUGCCAUGCGGGAGACCCACCACCUUGAGCCAGAUGGUGUCACAGUGCAGUACAGACCAGAUCACGGCCCACUCAGCCUGUGGAAGGCACGCAUGGAGAAGGUCUAUGCAUAGACUGGCCUUGUUUUAUUGGACUGUACUCUCCUUGGGCUUGUUGGAUUGUAAUAAAGCUGAGUCAAGAGAA